AUGUACAUCAAGGAGGUGUCGAUUGAUGGCUUCAAGUCGUAUGCCCAGCGUGUGACGCUCUCAAACUUCGACCCCGGCUUCAACGCUAUCACGGGGCUCAAUGGCAGUGGCAAGUCCAACAUCUUGGACGCCAUCUGCUUCGUCAUGGGCAUCAAGAACUUGUCGGCGGUGCGCGCCCAGUCGCUGCAGGAGCUUGUGUACAAGCUGGGCAGCGCGGGCAUCACCAAGGCAUCCGUGUCCAUCACGUUCCACAACAACGACCCAGCUAACAGCCCCACCGGCUACGAUGAUAAGGAGUUGAUUACCAUUGUCAUCGGUGGCCGGGACAAGUACCUGAUCAACGGCCACCCGGCGCAGCAGGGGUCAGUGGGGCGCGUGGCGGACCUCUUCCAGUCGGUGCAGCUCAACGUCAACAACCCCCACUUUCUCAUCAUGCAGGGGCGGGUCACAAAGAUCAUGAACAUGAAGCCCCCUGAGAUCCUGUCGCUCCUGGAGGAGGCGAGCGGCACCAAGCUGUACGAGCGCAAGAAGGAGGGCGCGCUGCGCACGCUGGCCAAGAAGCAGACCAAGCUUGAGGAGAUCGACCAGCUUAUGAACGAGGAGCUGCUGCCCACGCUGGCGCUCCUGGAGAAGCAGUGCGCCACCUACCACGAGUACGCAGCAUACGAGCGCCUGAAGCGCUUUUGCGUCGCCAACGAGUACUCCCUUUGCCAGAGGGCCCUGGACAGCGGCCAGGGCGAGCUGGAGGCGCUGCAGCGCGAGGCAGGCGAGGUGGAGGCGCGCAAGGCUGAGCUGGAGGCUGAGGUGGCGGACCGCGACAGCGGCAUACUGGCGCUGCAGACUGAGAAGGAGCUGCAGGCGCGUUUGCGUGCCGGCGGCGAGGUGAAGGAGCUGCAGGAGGAGGUUGACAAGCUGGCCAUGAGGCUGGCCAAGGACCAGGCCGAGCUGAAGAAUGGCAAGGACUCAUUGAAGGGCGAGGAGGCCGGGCUGGCGGCGGUCAAGGUGAGUGGGGGCCGGCUGCUGGCGCCCAGCUGGCAGAGCUAG